AUGGUUAGGGGCUGGUCAGAGGAAGCCUUGAUAGGCACAUUCAUUGAUGGUUUGAGACCUUGGCUUGCCAAGGAAAUCAAACUUAGACAACCCACAAGGCUACCCGAGGUGAUGAAGAUGGCUGAAAUUCUUGAGGAGAGCCAUUCUAGUGAGCGGCGCCCAACCAAAGACAUGGGGAGCAAGUCUUUCAAGACUGUGCAAACCAAGGUCUCUUGGAAGGGAAGGGACACAUCAGCCACCACCUCCAAAUCGAGACCGGAGAUCAAGAAGCUAUCCAGUGAAGAGGUGCAAGAGCGCAUCAAGAAGGGGCUGUGUUUUAAGUGCAGAGACAAAUGGGGCCCCGGUCACAAGUGCAAGGCAGCUCAGGCCUUGUUUAUGUUUGAGGACGAGUCAAGUGAUGAUGAGUCUGAAAGCAAUCAAGAGGAACCCAGCCAAGAGGAGGAAACCGAGGAAACCGAAUCUAGUGGCACACCAGAUGAGGCUGAGCUAUCAUUGAAUGUCAUGGCUGGCAUUUCUAAACCCACGUCCAUGAGGUUGAUGGCAUGGGUGGGCAAGCAUGAAGUGACUUUGCUAGUGGAUAGCGAUUCCACACACAACUUCAUUAAUUCCGGCAUUGUGGGCAAGGUUGGACUUAAGCCGAGUCCUAUUCCCCCAUUUGAAGUAAAGGUGGCAAGUGGAGAAAAGCUGCAAUGUGAGGCCUUCAUCCGUGAAGUGAAGAUGAAUGUUCAGGGGGUCCGUAUUAUGGUAGACUUGCAUGUGCUGCCCUUGGUCGGCCUUGACUUAGUCUUGGGGAAUGCUUGGUUGAAGAGCCUUGGCAGGGCCAUCCAUGACUAUCACAACAUGACCAUGGAGUUUAAACUUGGCUCCAAGAAGCGAUUGUGGACAACCAUUGCCCGUAAGGAGAUCAAGUCAUGUGAAGCCAUUAUGUUUGAGAAGCUUUGCAAAGGUGGGGCACAUUGCUUCGCCAUCGUGGUGGCCAAAGAGGAUGUAAUGAGACAAGUUGAGAACAAGGGUCAGGAGGGCACCCAUGAUGAUUUAGAGCUACUGCCUGAGGAAGUCAAGCCUGUCUUAGCAGCCCACAGGGGGGUUCUCGAGGUGCCCACUGCACUUCCACCUCCUAGAGAGUUUGAUCACAGAAUUCGACUAGUAGAUGAAACCAAGCCGAUCAACGUGCCACCCUAUAGAUACGCCCACUUUCAGAAGGGAGAGAUUGAACGGCAGGUGGAUGAGAUGCUGAAGAGUGGCCUAAUCCACCCUAAUACCAGUCCCUUUUCUUCACCAGUGCUGUUGGUGAGGAAGAAGGAUGGCACAUGGAGGUUCUAUACGGACUAUAGGGCCUUGAAUGAAGCCACGGUCAAGGACAGAUUUCCAAUCCCCACUGUCGAUGAGAUGUUAGAUGAGCUACAUGGGGCUACGGUGUUCUCAAAGUUAGAUUUAAGGGCCGGCUACCAUCAGAUUCGAAUGAAUGAGGAAGACAUCCAUAAGACAGCCUUUAGGACUCACUCAGGCCAUUAUGAAUAUCUGGUGAUGCCUUUCGGUUUGUGCAAUGCUCCAUCAACGUUUCAGGCUGCAAUGAAUAGCAUCUUCAAGCCACUACUCUGGAAGUUUGUGCUUGUCUUCUUUGAUGACAUUUUGGUCUAUUCUAAGGCCAUCGAAGAGCAUAAGCAACACUUGGAGAAGGUGCUAACAAUUCUAGAGGAGCAUCAUUUCUUUAUCAAAGCCACCAAGUGUGCCUUCAUGGAGAAGGAGUUGGAGUACUUAGGCCACUUUAUCUCAGGAGAUGGUGUGAAAGUUGAUCACAAAAAGAUAGAGGCCAUCGUGGAUUGGCCUUUACCCAAGGACAUCUCAGCCUUGAGAGGAUUCUGGGUCUCACGGGUUAUUACAGGAGGUUUGUCAAAGGCUAUGGGCUCAUAG